AUGACCACACAACAUUGGGGAGAAAUUCCAAUAGGACCAAAGACUGAUAUCUUUGUCCCAGAUGUAUCUGCAGAUAUUGAGCUUUCCAUGAACAAGAACUGUUUAGAUGAAUACCAGGAAGAUAAAGACAGUGAAAAAGUGGAAAGCAUUGUGUUACCCCCUAUGGAUCCCCUGAUGAUGUAUGCGAUUUCUCUGCAUAAGUAUGCUAAUGACAUGACAAAACUGACUGAAUUGGCAACAGAUAUGAAUCUCAUUCCACCAGAAGAUGCAGCACCACCAAUGCCAAUCAUGCCAAAAAUAGAACUCAGACAUAAAAGAAAUAAGUUGAAUUAUAUACCAAAAGAUUUCACAGCAUUCAGUUGUGGAUUAGAAGUUGACAUACCAGAACUAAGUGAAGCUGUUCUCAAGCAAAUAUUGACUAAGUGUGUAGUCACAAUGUUUGCUCACAUUGGAUUUGAAAAGUAUGGUCCGUCAGCCUACCAAAGAUACGGUUCACCGGUCCAUCUGAAAAAACCGAGGAAAAAACCGAGCGGUGUCAAAUUAACCGUUCCAUUACACACCAACCAAUAG